AUGAAGUUAGCCAAUCGUAAAUCGAAGGCACGACGCGUCGUGAUUGAGCGCGCGCGUGCGCCCGCGCCGGCCAACAAACCCGACACCGUUACGAAGGAUAUACCUUUAAAAAAACGAGAGGUUGUUCUAGUCCGUGGUCACUACGUAUCAUACCUACCGCUGUGUAGUCGCAACGAGCCAGUGUUUCUAGCGGUGUGCACGCCCCUGGCGAUGCCAGAAACACGCGAGUGCGUUGUGCACGGCGCCACCAACGUGUUCACCACUGUCCACGCGGUCGAUAUGAAGAUACUACACAUCGACGCCAAAGCCGUCCGUCAAUGGCUGCAGAUGUAUGACAACAUCUCUAUUGAGCCGCUUCAUAUUCAUGAGCUGCGACGGUAUAAUAAGAGGGACAUUAAAACAAUGCGCACACGCAGUACUAGCUGCGAAGAUGACACUAGCGAGUGGCACCUGGGCUGGGAGAGGAGCUCGCUGCACGGGGUCAGCUGGUACCACCUGCUGCAUCCUGACUGUUGCAAGGAGGCACAGAACAAACACCGGUUGAGGGCAGACGAGCAGAUGGAUCACCUGAUGGUAAGUGAUUACCGUCGCCCAUGGACACCUACAACACCAGAGGGGCUACAAGCGCGCUGCCGGCCUUUGAGGGAAGGGUUGAGGGGUAGAGGGAAGGGAAUAAGGAGGGGUUGGGCCUCCGGUACCCUCACUCACACGACGAAACACAACGCAAGCGUUGUUUUACGUCGGUUUUCUGAAAAUUGCGAAACAACCCCAGAACCACCACGCAACGUCGCAAGAUUAAAACAUCAACACUUAUGA